AUGCUGCCUCGACUAUUGUACCGCUCGCCGCUGGGUUGCGCUCGGUACAGCCUUGCGACGAUAUACUCGCGCCCGCCGUGGCUGCCCCAGCGACCCGGCACCGUCCACCCGUUCUGGACCUCGGCCGCCGCCCGUAGCGAUCAACCUCCGGUGUCCGGUCUCGUCAAAAACGAACCGAUCAAGACUCUUCCUGCCAAGGCCAAAGUUGUCGCCGCUUCCAAAACCAAGUCGCCGACCCAAAAUGAUCCUCUUGCGACAGUGGACAAGUCUGCCUCCGAGCAGCGCAAAGCCGACUGGGCCAUCAUGAAGGAGAUGAGUCGGUACUUGUGGCCCAAGGACAGCCUGGAUACCAAGCUGCGCGUUGGUCUGGCCGUCUUCCUGCUGGUUGGCGCAAAAGUCCUAAAUGUCCAAGUCCCCUUCUACUUCAAGAGCAUCGUCGACUCCAUGAACAUUGACAUCGCUGCUGUCGGAGGUACCGCCACCACGGUAGCGGGUGCCAUGAUCCUCGCCUAUGGUGCCACACGAGUCGGUGCGACUCUGUUCCAGGAGAUGCGCAACGCCGUCUUCGCAUCUGUCGCUCAAAAAGCCAUCCGAAGGGUCGCAUGCAACGUCUUUGACCAUCUACUGCGCCUAGACCUGUCCUUCCACUUGUCCAAGCAGACUGGUGGCUUGACGAGGGCAAUUGAACGCGGUACCAAGGGAAUCAGCUUUCUGCUGACGAGCAUGGUCUUUCACGUCUUGCCCACUGCGCUCGAGAUUGGAAUGGUGUGUGGAAUUCUCACCUGGCAAUAUGGUGCGCAGUUUGCAGCCAUUACCGUUCUCACCAUGGUGAGCUACACUGCAUUUACCAUCUGGACGACUGCCUGGCGAACCAAGUUCCGGCGACAAGCCAACGCCGCUGAUAACAAGGCUUCGACGGUAGCUGUCGACUCUCUCAUCAAUUACGAGGCCGUCAAGUACUUCAACAACGAAAAGUUCGAGGUCGCGCGCUACGACAAGGCUUUGCAGCAGUACGAGAAGAGUUCCAUCAAGGUGGCCACAUCCCUGGCCUUCCUCAACAGUGGCCAGAACCUCAUCUUCUCCUCCGCGUUGACGGGCAUGAUGUACCUCGCUGCAAAUGGUGUGGCGGCCGGCUCCCUGACGGUGGGUGACCUGGUCAUGGUGAACCAGCUCGUAUUCCAGCUUUCCGUACCGCUCAACUUCCUUGGCUCCGUCUACCGUGAACUGCGACAGUCUCUUCUUGACAUGGAAACUCUCUUCAACUUGCAAAAGGUGAACACUAGCAUCAAACAGAAGCCCAACGCCCCGCCCCUUGUGCUCUCCAAGGGAGGAGAAAUCAAGUUUGAGAAUGUCAAUUUUGGGUACCACCCUGACCGCCCAAUCCUACAGAACCUGUCAUUGACUAUCCCCGCUGGCAAGAAGGUCGCCGUGGUUGGCCCGAGUGGAUGCGGCAAGUCGACCUUGCUGCGGUUGCUCUUCCGGUCUUACGACGUUCAGGGCGGUCGUAUUUUGAUCGAUGACCAGGAUAUUCGGGAUGUUGACCUUGACUCGCUCCGGAGAUCCAUCGGUGUUGUCCCCCAAGACACUCCCCUUUUCAACGACACUGUCGAGCACAACAUCCGAUAUGGGUCCAUCGACGCGACUCACGAAGAGGUUGUGGCGGCCGCCCAGCGGGCUCGUGUGCACGAUAUUAUCCAACAGUUCCCCGAUGGGUACCAGACCAAGGUUGGCGAACGUGGGUUGAUGAUUUCCGGUGGUGAGAAGCAGAGACUCGCCGUGAGCCGACUAUUACUCAAGGACCCGCCGCUGCUCUUCUUUGACGAGGCAACUAGCGCCUUGGAUACCCAUACUGAGCAGGCUCUGAUGGUAAACAUCAACGGCAUUCUCCGGGAGAAGGGCCGCACCAGCGUGUUCGUGGCACAUCGCCUGCGGACGAUUUUUGAUUCAGACAUCAUUAUUGUCCUCAGCGAGGGCAAGGUUGCGGAGAUGGGCAGCCAUCGCGAGCUAAUUGACACCGCUGGGAUCUACGCCCAAUUAUGGAGUGCCCAGGAAACCAUGUUCCAUAAGCAUGAAAAUUCCCAGAACGAUGGUGAAGAGGAGGAAGAGAUUUCAGGGACACAGCGGGAGACAACCGGCCCUCGACAGUAA